UUCAGAAAGCAAAACAGUGCUGUGAUCUGCAGAGCUGUCUGCCCUGACAGCUUGGAAAUAGCCAUCAAAAUUUUACAAUGGACUUAUUCUAUGGAAAAAACAUCACCUUUGUUCGUCCUGCAUAUUUCAUGUUAAGUGGAUUUAUUGGCUUACCUAACAUGAAGUACUACUAUGUUUUUCUCUUCUUUGUCUUUAUUAUUUCAGUGCUUGGAAACACAGCUGUAAUGACUGUAAUAUGUUUGGAUCAUAACCUUAGAACUCCAAAGUAUGUUGCAGUUUUUAACCUUGCAUUAGUGGACCUGUUAGGCAGCACUGCUCUAGUACCAAAGGUGAUUGAUAUAUUUUUAUUCAAUCACAAUUUCAUUACGUAUAAUGAUUGCAUGGCAUUCUUUUUCUUCUGCUACUCUUUCAUCUCAAUGCAGUCUCUUAAUCUGGUUGCUCUCUCUUAUGAUCGACUGAUGGCCAUCAUGUUUCCUCUGCACUAUCAUGUAAAGGUUACCCAUAAGAUUAUGUUUUCCUUGAUAUUGUUUUUCUGGUUGCUUGUUUUCAUUUCUAAUUUAAUGGCAAUUGUUCUUCUCACAAGACUUUCUUUUUGUAACUCUGUAGUUAUCAACAGUUAUUUCUGUGACUAUGGCCUGAUUCACAGACUUGCUUGCAAUGACAAUUUUCCCAGUUACGUCCUAGGUCAUAUAUUACCAGUUCUUAUUCUUUGGAUUCCUCUUGUAAUCAUCUUGUUUAGUUACAUAUGUAUUGGCUACGCCUUAGCCAAAGUAGCUGCAUCUGAAGAAAGAAUGAAAGCGUUUAAAACGUGCACGGCUCACAUUUCAUUAGUGGCAAUCUAUUAUGUUCCAAUACUAAUCUCAUUUACUAUGUAUGCAAAUAUACAUAAAAAUGCAAGAAUUAUAAACUUGUCUUUAACCUCUGUGGUUCCACCCAUGUUGAAUCCUAUCAUUUAUGUUUUGCAAACACAGGAAAUAAAGUGUUCUAUAAAAAAACUUAUACAAAUUAAGAGGCAUUUCAAAAUUACAGUAAGGUAAAAGGAAGAGCUGUGCAGGCCAGUUACAGAUGUAGGAUUUACUUUAAAUAUUGUGGUAUAAAUAAAUGUUUUACAGAUCCUUAUAAAGUAAUGUAUGAACAAUUUAUUCAAGUGAAUAUGAACCGUAGAUUUUGUUUAAACAUUUCUAAGAACCACAGUGGAAAAUAUUACAUUUUAGUUUGGUGAGUCAAGUCUUCAGGUGUGUGCAAUUUAGAUGGUGCAAUUGU